ACAAAGCUGGGGAAGGCGCCCAACAAUGGAGUAGCGUCGUCAGGGAGUCUGAUCGUGUGCUUUGGGGAGAUGCUGAUCGACUUCGUGCCGACGGUGUCUGGAGUGUCGCUGGCCGAGGCGCCGGGAUUCCUCAAGGCUCCCGGCGGAGCUCCGGCGAACGUGGCGAUCGCCAUCACCAGACUCGGAGGGAAGUCGUCGUUCGUCGGAAAACUCGGCGACGACGAGUUCGGCCACAUGUUGGCCGGGAUCUUGAAGGAGAACGGCGUCUCCGGCGACGGCAUCCUCUUCGACAAGGGUGCCAGGACUGCCCUCGCCUUCGUGACCUUGAAAGCCGACGGAGAACGCGAGUUCAUGUUUUACCGGAACCCUAGCGCCGACAUGCUCUUGACUCCCGAUGAACUCAACCUCGAGCUUAUCAGAAAGGUAUGCCCUCUCCCUCUGUCUAGAAUAUCCUUGUGAUUCUGAAAUCUCAGUUUUUUUUUUUUU